AUGAGAUUAAAAUUUAAUUAACUUUUAAUAUUAUUAUUAAUUAUCUUUAUUACAGCUAAAGGUAAUAAUAAAUCUAGUUAGUAAGCCAAAAUAAAAAAGGAAUAUUAUCCUUAGCUAUAAAAAGAGGGAGAUAAUGCAGAUGUCUUUAGAAUUAUUGGGAGCUAUGAUUUAAAUAGAUUAGACCCAUUUUUGAUGUUAGAUUACUUUAAAGUACGCUUGCCUUCAGGUUUUCCAGAUCACCCACACAGAGGAUUUGAAACAGUAACUUACAUGCUAAGUGGAUAGAUGCAUCAUGAAGAUUUUAGAGGAAAUAAAGGUAUAUUAGAGAAAGGUGAUGUUUAAUGGAUGACAGCGGGUAAAGGUAUUGUUCAUAGCGAGAUGCCAGGUUCUUAUGAUGAGGAUUCUAUAGGAUUUUAGUUAUGGAUAAACUUAAAAAGUUCUGAUAAAAUGAUAGAGCCUAAAUAUCAAGAAUAUAAGUCAAAUAAGUUUCCUUUAUAUUAGAAGGAUGGACUAAAAGUAAAAGUAAUAUCAGGAAACUAUGAAAACGUACAUGGAAUUAUUAAUACUAAUAUAAGUGUAAAGUUUUUGGAUAUAUAAUACGAAGAGUCUAAUAUCUUGUUUAAGGAAUAUAUAUAACCUAAUCAUAAUUGCUUAAUAUUCAUUUAUUAAGGAAAAAUUAAAAUAAAUGAUAAAAUCUAUGAUGAAAAUGCUGCAAUUAUUUUUGAAAACUACCACGAAGAAAGAUAUUUUGAAAUAUUUUCUUAAGAAAAAUUCUCAAAAUUCAUUUUAUUAAGUGGAAGACCCAUCAAUGAGCAAGUUUUUAAUUAUGGGCCUUUUGUAUUAGAUAGCUAGGCUACUUUAAGAUAAGCGUUUGAAGAUUACUAGUUGAGUAAAAAUGGGUUCGAAGGAGCAAAUAAUUGGGCUUCUCAAAUUAAAGAUUUUCCAUAAACUAAGAAAAAGUUAGUAAUUAGUGAUUUAUGA